UUUUUUUGAAUCAGCGGCGGUGGCGGCAGAGGAGGCAGGCUGGAGCGCUCGCGGGUAGCGCAGUGAAGCACUGGCGACGGAGAGAUUCACGAGCUCAGGAUAAAGAUGGAAAGUAGUGAAGAGCCUCAAAAAAGAGUAUUUAAGGCCCGCAAAACCAUGAGAGCGAGUGAUCGACAACAGCUUGAGAGUGUGCAUAAGGUGAAAGAAGACCUUUUGAAGACUACUGAUGUUAAGUUGUUAAAUGGGAAGCAUGAAAAUGGAGAUUCAGAUCUCAAUUCCCCUAUAAUAAAUACUGAGUGUACAGAGGACAAAGAAAUUAAUGGCAUUGAGGAUUUAUGCCUUGAUUCUGAAGAAGGAAAAAUGAACCAUGAAGAAACCAUUGAUGCCAAAAGUCCUGAUAUUGGAGAGGACCAGGUAACUGAUCUGGCUCUCAAACUUGAAAAUAAGUCUCCCGAGAAGAUUGCUUCUGAGCAAGAUCAUGAGGAUGCUAGUAGUACUUCAGCCCCUGAACCUGAAAGUUCAGUGCUUGACUGUAAUAAAGAUAAUGACUUCCAGGAAGAGGUCAGUGUAAAAGAUGAUUUAGACCAUGAAGAUACUGGUAUUAAAGAUGAUUUGGAUGAGAAAGGCAUAUCAAAUUGGCCUGAAGUUGAAAGUAACUUAAGCUGUAAUCAUGACUCCUCACCCGAGCUAGUAGAAACAAAUGAUCAAGGUUGUACUCCUGAUCUGCCUGUGGAGGAAGAAAAAAGUGGUGAGGAAGUUCUGAAAGAUAACGUUGGUGAGCAAGCAAUAUCUAGCAGUAUGGAUGCAGAUCAGGAUCCAAAGGAUGGAGAUGUCCAAUCUGCAGAUCUUCUGGAGACUAAUAUGCAAAAAACAGUGGAAGAAGAACCAGUAGAAAGCAUCUUGGGAAAUUCAACCACCAUGGAAACAGAGGAGAUUAUUCCGAUUUUAGAAAAGCUGGCCCCAGCAGAAGAUGAAUUAAGCUGUUUCUCCAAAUCUGUCUUGCUUCCAGUGGAGAAUCCUAACCUAGAUGUAGAAGAUAAAGUGGAAAGCUCAUUAAAUUCUCCAUCCAAACAGGAAAGUGGUGAAAAUUUGCCCAAAGAAGCAUUCUUGGUGCUUUCUGAUGAAGAGGAGCUAUGUUGUGAGAAAGAACCUGAGGGGGUAAUGUCAUCCCAAGCUAGUCCUUCAGAAGGUAGAGAGGAGGCAAAAGAAAAAGAACUGGGAAAAGCAGAAGAAAAAGAACAAGAGAAGGAGGAAGAGAGACCUCUAGAAAGAAGUGAGGCAUCAAGAAGGAAGCGUUCCAAAUCAGAGGAUAUGGACACAGUCCAUUCUAAACGCCGUCGAUAUAUGGGAGAAGAGUAUGAAGCAGAAUUUGAAGUAAAAAUUACAACCAGAGGGGAUGUUAAUCAGAGAUUAGAAAAGGUUAUCCAGAGGUUUCUUGAAGAAAAGUUCAAUGCCCUGCAGUGUGCAGUCUUUGAUAAAACACUAGCAGAUCUGAAAACUAAAGUAGACAAGAUUGAAUGUAGCAAGAGACAUAAAACUAUCCUUAAUGAACUACAGGCUAAAAUUGCAAGAUUGACAAAACGUUUUGGAGCAGUUAGAGAAGAUAUGAAAAAAAGAUCUGAAAAUCCACAAAGCACACCUCAAUCCCCAGGAAAAGCAGUGGGUGACACAAGCGGUAUUAACAGUGUGGCAUAUAGAAAUACUGGCACAGUGAGACAGAUGCUAGAGUCCAAGAGAAAUACAAGCGACAACAGCACACCAACUACUUUUCAGGCACCUGUGAAUACAGUGUCUGCUACUAAUCAUACAGCUCCUCAGACAGCAGUCAGUGGACAUCCCAAACCGCAGACUCCAGUCAUUUCCACGCCUUUGACUUCUGGCUCCUUGACGACCUCAGCUCUUCCUGCGGCGAAUACAGCAACAGUAGUUGGCACUAGCCAGGUGGCCAGCAGCAGCACACAGCCUAUGUCUGUUUCACUGCAGUCUUUGCCAGUUAUACUGCAUGUACCUGUCGCAAUGUCCUCCCAGACUCAGCUCCUGCAAGGCCAUACUGCUACCUUGGUUACUAAUCAGCCGUCUGGAAGUGUUGAAUUUAUACCUGUGCAGAGUCAAUCUAAUGUUAGCAACCUAAACAAGACUCCAUUAUCACUGUCAUCUGCUAAUUCAGCAAAACCAAACAACAGUCCUUUGAUACCCAACUCUAGCAUUCAGAGGAACUCUCCGGCCAGUGCUGGUUGCUCUAUAGGGACAACUCUGGCAGUACAGGCUGUCUCAACAGCACAUCCUGUUGCACAAGCCACAAGGACUACGUUGGCUACUGUGACUACAUCAGGGAUAUAUACGCCCCCUGUCAGCAAUAGGAGUUCGAUACAAAUGAAGAUCCCUCUGACAGCCCCUCUGGCAGCCUUCAGCAGUACUGCUCCUUCUGAAAUAAACACCUCAGCGGCACCUAGAGUUGAGAGCCAGACAUCAAGGUUGCUGCCACCUCUACUGCCACCAACAGAAAUUUCAGCAAAGAAGGCACCUGAAAAUACGUCACAGAGUGGAAAACCAACAGGUAGUACUUCAAGUGGAGUCAUUGACCUCACACUGGAUGAUGAAGACGAUGGCUCUUCUCAAGCAGAGGGCAAGAAGCAGAACCAGAACCAAUCAAACACAUCUGGAAUGGGCCUGCCCACCCAGUCUAUAGCUCGUCCACUACAGCCAGUACAGUCAAGUCCUCUCCAACAGGCAGGUGUGCCAGCAAGUGGCGUAUCACAGACCACCAUACAUGUUCUCCCCACAGCCCAGACAACUGUGAAUGUAACCCAUCGUCCAAUGACUCAGGCUGCUCCGCGGCUCCCAGUACCAAGAGCUCCUGCUAACCAUCAGGUGGUCUAUACUACUCUUCCUGCACCAUCAGGACAGAAUCCUGUGCGAACCAAUGUCAUGCAGAACCCUAGUUUAAGGCAGGUCAACCCACAAAGUUCAGGUUUGACACUGCGAAUGCCUCAAACAACAGCAUAUGUUGUAAACAAUGGACUGACUUUGGGGUCUGGAGGGCCUCAGCUCACAGUGCACCACCGGCCAUCUCAAGUGCAUUCAGAGCCAGUGCGGCCUGUGCAUCCAGCCCCACUACCUGACGCCCCACAGCCAUCCCGCUUGCCUCCUGAAGCUGCCAAUACCUCUCUGCCUCAGAAGCCGCAUCUGAAGCUAGCACGCGUACAAAGCCAGAAUGGCAUAGUGCUAUCCUGGAGCGUUUUGGAAGUGGACCGGAGCUGUGCCAGCGUGGAUAGUUAUCAUCUGUAUGCAUACCACGAGGACCCUAGUGCCACUGUGCCCUCCCAGUGGAAAAAGAUUGGGGAAGUGAAAGCCCUUCCUUUGCCUAUGGCUUGCACACUUACUCAGUUUGUGACUGGUAGCAAGUACUAUUUUGCAGUCCGUGCUAAGGACAUCUAUGGACGCUUCGGACCUUUCUGUGACCCCCAGUCUACAGAUGUGAUCGCUUCCCAAAGCAGUUAAACUAGAGACUUUGAAGGCUUCCAUCUUGCCCCCACAGUGCAGCUUACUCUGGUUUUGGAUUUAUUCUCGUGCAUGAAACUCACUGUAAAACUUUUUCUGCAAGAUUGCUUUGGACGGUUGUCACAUACUUCAUAAACAUAUAACCAAAAUAAAUUUCUAGCAUAAUGUGGGAGAGCCUGUAUUUCAGCUGAAAUCUUAAAGUAUGAAAUUCUUCUCCC